ACAUCUUCAGCACACAAUCGGUGAAGAGUUGGACACAAGAGUUGGACUCAAUUAUGGCAUCAAUUGUGAGUCCAUUGAAGUCAAGACUUCAUUCAUUUGGUGGUCUUCUCAGACAUCAAUCCAUUCGUUGCUAUCGUUUCGGAAAUCGCGUCCGAAAUAAAGGCUUUUAUUCAUCACUUGAUCUCCAAUUGAACGAAAAGUUUGUCAGAAAUGACAGCAAAUUAAGUGCCGAAGAGUUGAGAGAAAAGAGGAAUAAAUUGUUUGAUUGGGAAAAGAAGAGACAAUCGGAGGCAGUGACGAGGAUGGAGAAGAUAUCAGUUUCGGUGGUCAACCCUUUCGGCAACGAUGACCACCAGACCAUUGAUCUGCUGAUGAAUCGCUUCAUAUCAACGCCACACCACUGCAGUCAACACAUCCAUCAACUAAUCUCCGACCGAUCAGUGGUGGCGCUCAUCGACGAUAAGAACUUUUGGGACAUUCAUAGACCACUCGUCAGUGACUGCAGUCUUCGGUUCAAACACUUUAAAGAACCGAAUCCUCACUUCGUUAACAAGACUUUCUGGAGAAACAAUGAGACCAAAGAGAUGGACGCAAACGAAGCCAAAAACGAUGAGCUCUUAUAUGACCCGAAAUCGGAUGAAAUGGACCAGAAAUGGGUGGACACGCAUAGGGCCACCACCAGUGGGCGUGUGCUAAUCUCCGACCGAUCAGUGGUGGCGCUCAUCGACGACAAGAACUUUUGGGACAUUCAUAGACCACUCGUCAGUGACUGCAGGCUUCGGUUCAAACACUUUAAAGAACCGAAUCCUCACUUCGUUAACAAGACUUUCUGGAGAAGUUGUUCACUAAUGAUGGGAUCAGUCAUUGAGAAGGCUUUCAAAGACAAUAUCGAAGUGAAUCUGCAUUCGUGGCCCAAACCAGACAUAAACUCCGGAAGUUUUGUUUAUGACACUGGAUCCCAAGAAGUGAAGAAU